CCACACAAACAAACCAGAGUGAGAAAACAAUGGCGUCUUCUACAGCCAAGCUCACAUUCCGCUUUUUGCUGGUGGCAGUGCUGGCUUUGAUACUCUUCUAUGUCGGUCGCCCGCUCUACUGGAAAAUUUCCGCCACCGUUCACGACAUCCGCCACAAUAAACAAACCGUUUCUGGAGGUAUUUCACAAAUUGUGCAAGAAGCUCAAAGAUCAGUGGGAUGGUUUCAUGAUGAGUCGGAUUCAGGUUUCUCUCUUUCGCUUUAUUUGAGAUGGCUUAAUAUUGACUAA